UUUUUUUUCGGUGUUUUUGUGUAAUGUGCAAAGAGCGCACAAGAAAUAAACGCCACGUUUGAAAAUGCAUGCAUAACGCAUAUAAAGUUCAAGGAAGUCCGAAAGGCCAAGCACAUGAUAUAAAUUAAGGAAAUUGGUCAACAAGCUUAAGAAGAAGAAAAGGAAAUAGGAAAAUUCACUUAGCGACUGAGAUUCGGGAUUUUGUGCAAUAUUUAUCUUUGCCAGCGCGGUGUAAUAUUUGUGUUCUAUUUGCCGCUGCCUGCUGCAUAAGCAAACAGGCAGCGUAAGCUGUCACCGACAUGGGCAGUGAGCAAUACUGCUUGAGGUGGAACAAUUACCAAUCCAACCUGUUAGGGGUGUUUAGUCAAUUACUACAAGACGGGAGCCUGGUGGACGUCACACUAGCUUGUUCAGAGGGCGCAUCCAUCAGAGCCCAUAAGGUGGUCCUCUCGGCUUGUUCCUCGUACUUCCAGAGCCUGUUCCUGGAGCACCCCGACGGACAUCUAAUUGUGAUAUUGAAGGACGUCCGUUUUGCCGAGCUGCAAACCUUAGUUGAAUUCAUGUACAAGGGCGAGGUGAACGUGCAAUAUUGUCAGUUGUCCGCGCUGCUCAAGACAGCCGAAUCCCUCAAGGUCAAGGGCCUGGCCGAGAUGACGAACCAGAACACGACGCUGCGCGAACCGGAACGGGAACCGGACCGCUUGCGUCCGCAAGGCGGCGGCGGCAGCGGCGGAUCCGCCCACAAGGCGGCCGACAGUCCGGCGGCCGCUCUCGAUGCCACAGCGGCCACCCAGGCGGCGACUGCCACGGCAACGGCAACUGCCGCGGCGGCAACAUCGACCUCAACCUCAGCAACAUCUGUGGCGGCAACGGCAGCGGCGGCAGCAGCAGCAGCAGCAGCAUCAGCAGCAGCGACAGCAGCAACAUCUGCGUCCACAACGGCAACAGCGGCGGCGGGGAGUAGUAGUACAACGACUACAACGGCGGCAACCACAACAGCAACCUGUGCCACAGCAGCAACAUCCACGGCAGCAACAUCCUCCUCAUUGUCGGUGACAUCAGCAGCAGCAGCAGGAGCAGCAGCUGCAUCUGGUGUUGCGCACUCGGAGGAGGCGACCUCGUCAUCAUCGUCAACCGGCGGGCAGAAGCGGGAGGCUAGCGAUCGCAGCAGUCCCACGCCCGCCAAACGAUCCUCGCGAAUGCAGCCGGCGGACAAGGAGGAUGUGGCGGAGGAUCGGGAACAGGAGCAACACCAGGCGGACGCGCUGCUGAGCGAGAAGCUGCUCGGUCGCAACUUAAAGGAUGAGGAGGAGGACGAUGUGGAGGAGGUGGAUGAGCUGGAUGAGAACGAGGAGACGAUGCUGAGGGAGCGCGAAGACGACGAGGACGAUGAGGAUGAGGAGGAGGACACGCCCAUGCCGCUGGAUCUCUAUCAAAGACCAAAUGUCGAGCCAAAAAGCGCCGCCGCAGCAGCAGCAGCAGCAGCAGCGCAGCAGGGCGGCAGCAACAGCCUCAGCGGCAGCAGCAACUCCUGCCACACCAACAGCAGCGGCAACAAUAAUAAUAAUAACAACAACAAUAACAACAACAACUCCAGCAGCAACAACAACAACACUAAUAGUGGGAAAACCUCAGCGGCCAGCAAUGGCGGCACAGCGACGAGCGGCGGCGCAGCGGACUCCGUGGUUGCGGUGGAUGACGACGACGACGACGAUGGCGACCAUCACCACCAGCGACAGGUGAUGGACGAUCGACUGGUGCAAGAUGUGAACGAUGAGGACCUGGACGAUGAUGUCGUGGUGGUGGGCCCUGCCACCGCGAUGGCCAGGGGCAUUGCCCAGCGGCUGGCCCACCAGAACCUGCAGCGUCUCCAUCACACGCACCACCAUGCGCAGCACCACCAGCAUCCGCAGCACCACCACCACCACCACCAUCCGCCGCACCACCAGCAGCUCCAUCCGCACUCGGAUGACGAUGAUGCCAUGCCCGUGAUUGCCAAGAGCGAGAUCCUCGACGAUGACUACGACGAUGAGAUGGAUCUGGACGAUGACGAUGAGGCGGACAACAGCAGCAACGAUCUGGGUCUCAACAUGAAGAUGGGCAGCGGUGCGGGUGGCGGCGGCGGUGGCGUGGACCUGUCCACCGGCUCCACAUUGAUACCCUCGCCAUUGAUCACCCUGCCAUCCUCAUCGGCGGCGGCAGCAGCGGCGGCGGCAGCUGCAGCAGCGGCGGCCAUGGAUUCGCAACGCUCCACGCCGGCCAUGUCGGCGGCCCAGGCGGCUGGAGCAGGCGCUUCGGACCUCAGUAUUGGUGGCUCCGGCGGUCGACCGGCGUCCAGGAGCUCGCGCGACGGCGGCGGCGGCGGCAACGAUGGCGGCAGGGGAGGAGCAUCCUCCUCCAGCCUGCUGAGCCCGGGAACCGUGGCCAAUCUCCUGCCCGUGCAAUCGGUGCCAUUGAGUCUCAAGAAGGAGAUCGAUUGCAGCGAGGACGACAACAGCAGUCACAGCAGACACAUGCAACAGCGUUCGGCAUCAGCUGGCGGCGGCCUGGGCGGCGACCUUGACUACCGCGCCUCCCACGAGUCGGAAACGUCCGAAUCGCCCCACCAACAACAACAGCCCCCACCACACGCUGUGGGCGUUGGGGCGGGCGGUGGCUCAGCGGCCGCAGCAGCUGCCGCAGCAGCCGCCCUGCUGCAUCAGCAGCAACAGCAGCAGCCCCCGCACAGCCCCCCGCCGCCGCCCCUGCACAUGUUUUCGUGCAUCUACUGCCGCUUGGCCUUCCCCAACCAAUCGAAACUCACCCGCCACCUGCUGACGCACUCGCUGAAGACGCUCGAGUACCGCGAGCCAGCCAACACGGCUCUGCUCCAUUCGCACCUGCUGAGCGAUCUCAACAUGGCCGCCGCCGGCCUACAAUCGCCGUUCGCCUUCCAGAUGAACGCCGCCGCGAUGGCGGCCACUUCCGGCAGCGAUACACAGGAGCAGGUGGCGGCAUUGGCCGCCGCCUUUGGCAUCGACAUGGAGGCGGCCCUCUCGUUGGCCAGCGCCGGCUGUACGUUCCAGAGUUUUACGGCCAGCUGCCUGGAGGCAAGUUCUGGCGGCGGAGGCGGUGGCGGCGGACAGGGUGCGGUUUCCCGCUCGGCGACUUCCGCCGGAAAUGGCGGUGGCCUAAUGCUCGGCAGCGGAAGCGGAAGUGGCGGUGGCACGGGGGCUGCAGCGGCAACGGGUGGCAGCGGCAGCAGCGGCUGUGGUGGCGGUGGUGGCGGUACCGCCACCUCAGGCUCCUUGUCGCCAUCCACGUCCGCCGCAGCAGCAGCGGCGGCGGCAGCGGCGGCCGCUGCACAAUCGCAGUCAGCGGCGCUGCUGGGCGCCGCGUCCAGUGAUCCGAAUAGUGUUGUCAUGUGUAAGUUCUGUGCUAAAAGUUUUCCCGAUGUUACAUCACUGAUCACGCAUUUGUCGGUACAUACAGGUGAUCGACCAUUUAAAUGUGAGUUUUGUGGCAAAGCGUUUAAGCUGCGCCACCACAUGAAAGAUCAUUGUCGCGUGCACACCGGCGAACGGCCGUUCAGAUGUAAUAUGUGCGGGAAAACUUUCUCGCGCUCAACGAUACUCAAGGCGCACGAGAAAACGCAUUUUCCCAAGUACGUGCGCAAGUUUUUGUCACCCAGCAGCCCGGUCGAUACAAAGGAUGAGUUGCCGCAAUAGUGAAACGAUUUUAGUUUGUUAUUAAAUUAUUAUUA